AUGUUGUUCAUUAUCUAUCUAUCUAUCUAUCUAUCUAUCUAUCUAUCUAUCUAUCAGUUUAAGCCUCUAUGCGUUUCCCACGUGAUAUCCACUGAUUUGAUCUAUCGUCCAAAUUGUUUUCACUUUCAUCUUCUCCUCUUUCUUUCUUCUUCUUCUUCUUCUUUUUCUACUUCUUCUUCUUCUUCUUCUUCUUCUUCUUCUUCUUCUUACUAUAUUUUUGACAUCUUUCUUUUUUUGUUUCCUUCCUCCUGUUUCAUCUCUCAACUGUUAUAUGUAUACUUAUUAUCUCCCCUUUGUUUCUUCGCUCUUCAUUCUUUUCUUCUUUUACAUUCUUUUACAUACUUUCUUUCCUUUUUCGUGCGUCUUUCUUUGCUUCUUAUAUUUCAAAUGUCGUUUCCGAAUAUUUUCUUCUUCUUUACCUUUUUUAGUUUUUCUUUGCCGUCAGUAAUUUUUUCUUGUCUUCUCCCUUUUCCACCCCCACCAAUUCAUCUUCCUUCACCUUUGCUUUCUCCCUUUUGCUCCCAGCAUCAUUUCUCUUUCUUCUUCUUCUUCUUCUUCUUCUUCUUCUUCUUCUUCUUCUUUCAUCUCUUGUAUUUUCUCUUUCCUUUUUCUUCAUCACAUUAUUUUAGUUUAGUUCUUUCUUCCUUGCACUGGCCAUUUGAAAGACUCCAAUUUUUCAUUUUCCCAAUAAUUUAUAUUAUGUUGACCUGCCGAAAUGAACGGAUAUCUAUCUAUCUAUCUAUCUAUCUAUCUAUCUAUCUAUCUAUCUAUCUAUCUAUCUGCCAUUUUAUAAUCUAUCAAUCUCAGUCUCUUUAUAGUCUAUUAAUCUAUCUAUCCCAGUCUCUUCAUAAUCUAUCUAUCUAUCUAUCUAUCUAUCUAUCUAUCUAUCUAUCUAUCUAUCUAUCUAUCUAUCCCCAUCUCUUCAUAAUCUAUCUAUCUAUCUAUCUAUCUAUCUAUCUAUCUAUCUAUCUAUCUAUCUAUCUCAAUCUGUUCAUUAUCUAUCUAUCUAUCUAUCUAUCUAUCUAUCUAUCUAUCUAUCCUAAUCUAUCUUCCAUAAUCUAUCUAUCUAUCUAUCUAUCUAUCUAUCUAUCUAUCUAUCUAUCUAUCUAUCUCAAUCUGUUCAUUAUCUAUCUAUCUAUCUAUCUAUUCAUCUAUCUCUAUCUAUCUAUCUAUCUAUCCCAGUCUCUUCCUAUCUAUCCCAUCUAUCUUCCUAUCUAUCUAUCUAUCUAUCUAUCUAUCUAUCUAUCUAUCUAUCUAUCUUUUUAUAAUCUAUCAAUCUGUCGAAGUACGGUAUUCCGUAUUCGGAAGGCGCAUUCAAAACUCCCCUUGACCACUUGCAAGGCUGUCGGGGUGGCGUCUUCUGUCGGGCCCGCAAACGUACUAACCCCUUCUGCCGGGGGACGAGGGAAACGAAAACGCGAUCCGUUGUAUCUGGCGAGCCGGGUUUUUUUUUUCCCGUCGGACGUCAUGCGCGGCUUCAAGACUUUUCGAAUCUCCACCUUUCGGGCGGGAGCGGGAAUGAGUUUGCGGGGGUUUUCUAAAGUUGCGCUAUCCGAACACCCAAGAGGUAAAAUGCUCUUUCUUUCUUUCUUUCUUUCUUUCUUUCUUUCUUUCUUUCUUAUAAGUUUUCUUUUUUCCUUUUUUUUAAAGAUGUUUGUAUUGCUUUCCUUCCUUGUUUGCGUGUUUGUUUGUUCCUUUCUUACUUUAUUUCCAUAA